UCGAUCAAAGUGAGUUGAGCUGCCUGGGGCUGUUCGUUCUGUCUCGCGUCUUCACGCACAGAGCCUCUGGUUCAAGAACAGGAACUUGGCGGCGGCGGCGGUAGUCUUCACGCAGCUCCGGCCGCCGGCGGAAAUCCACGAAAACGGGCGAGCUCUCCCUCGCGACGCUAGUUGAUGCAGAUGACGGAUUUUAGAUGAUUUUCUCUCAGUAAUUGUUCAUUAUGACUGAUCUGGGCAAAUUUCAAUUCAAUCUGGCACGCGGGGCUAGGUGUGCUUCUUCAGCGACGAUUUCCGUCGGGUGUGUACCCAGGGCAAUUCAGUCCUCAGUUUUUCCCCUAAAUCCUCUAAACAAAAGAAAGUAAGUGAAAAGGGCAAAUAAUAUAGUUACCAAACUAAACGGUGGCAAAAAAGAAAGGUCAAACUAAUGGAGGGCAAAUAGUAGAGGUGCCAAGUAAAUAGGGGCAAAAAAUAAAAUUCCCCGUCGGUCAGAGGCGUUUGGGGGACUAAACCCAAGUGCAGCGUGGUUUAACCCUAUCAUCUUCUUCCUGCCGCCGUCUCUCGAGCUAGAACCUUCUAAACCCCCACCACACGCGCGCGACCUCCGCCUCCCGAUGGCGCGGCUCCACCACCUCCUGGCCCGCGCGCUCGCCUCCCACCACCUACUCCGCCCGUCUCCGCUCCCUUUCUCAGCGCGGCCGACUCUCCCGCUGCACUCGCCGCCGCCGCCGCCGCAUCCCCAUCCCCAUACCCGCAGCGCACCCCCUUUCCUCGCCGCCGCCUCGCGGUACUACGGUUCACCCGCAUCCAGACGGCGUCGGCGCGGUUCAGCCCCGCCGAUGCUGCCGAGGCGGAGGCGGGCGAGGCGGAAGGGCCCGAGCGAGCUCAGCGUCCAGAUCGGCAUCGAAGAAGCCCUCCCCGACGACCCCCUAAUCCUGAGUAUCGCAGAGGCGCUUCGAACGGAUGUUGGGAGGGCGAUGAAGCUGGCAUUCCACAAUCUGGAGAACUCGGAGUACAAGACCAGGGACACUUCCAUAAGAAAUGUGGGUACCUACAACAGGGUCGAGGUCUCUCUGCUGCUCUGCGAUGACGGUUUCAUCAGGAGGCUGAACAAGGAAUGGAGGGACGAGGACCAUGCCACGGACGUCCUGUCGAUGUCGCAGCAUAUCCCGGGCCUUGAUAUCCCCAUCCUGCAGUUGGGUGACUUGGUAAUUUCGGUCGAGACAGCCUGUCGGCAGGCAGAGGAAAGAGGCCACACGCUUCUUGAUGAGAUGAGAAUUCUCACGGUGCAUGGAUUAUUGCAUUUAUUGGGCUUUGAUCAUGAACUCGGCAAGGAGGCUGAAGAAGAGAUGGAGAAGGAAGAAGAACAAAUAUUAAGUACUCUUGAAUGGAAAGGGAAAGGACUCAUUAGGAGUGCAUAUCAUUUCAGUACCGAUAUGGAUCAUUCAGAAAAUUCUGAUGAGGCCAAUAGAGAUGUAGAGAAAAUGAGCUUACGGGAGGGUCAUCAUCAGCCAAAACUGACCCAUAUAGUAUGUGAUAUAGAUGCUACUCUCGUGGAUGAUGAAGGACACCUGCGUGCAGAAUCUAUGGAACCUUUGAGAGAGGCUAUAUCACGGGGAGUAACUGUUAUCAUGGUUACUGGGAGGACCCGGGCUUCCACCAUAGCAACUUUCAAGCUUCUUAAUAUGGAAGGAAAAGAUGAAUUUAUAUCGGAGAAUUCACCUGGUGUAUUUCUACAGGGUUCACUUGUUUACGGAGGGAAUGGCCAACUGAUUUAUAGAGCAAACUUGGAUGUGGAUAUAUGCAAGGAGGCAUGUUUGUACUCCUUAAAGAAUAAAACUCCUCUUGUUGUAUACUGUGAGGAACAAUGUUUGACCUUGUUUGAACAUCCUUCUGUUGACUUGUUGCACACUCUGCACCAUGAGACCAAGGUAGAAGUAAUGCCUUCAGUUGAAGACCUCUUAGAAUGUUCAUCCAUUCAGAAGUUGCUUUUCCUUACCAAUGCGGAGGAAGAUAUAUCUGUCCUAAUACAGCAUUGGUCAGAAUUAACAGAAGGGAAAGCAUGUGUUGUCAAAGCGCAGCCAAAUGCACUUGAGAUUGUUCCCCUUAAUGCUUCUAAAGGUGGUGGUAUCAGGGUGCUACUUGACCAUCUUGGAAUAACUGAAGAUUCUGAUCUUGAGGCUGUUGGAGACUAAGGACCUGUUCGGAACAUCUUCGCUCCUCCACAAUUGAUUCUGGAGCGGAUGGAGCUGCAGUGCAAUUUUACGGAUCAGCUCAAACCGAGCUCUACAUGCUCCAUGGAUUUCCACGGAGUGGAGAGCUUCAGAACGGGCUCUAAACCAGAUGGCCAAGCAACAAGUGAUCCAACUGAUAUGAUUAUUGAAGUAUUCUUUAGCAAGAGAGUAUUUAUGGAGAAAGCUUGAGAUAUUUUAAGAAAUGGCAUGUAUGGGAUGCACAGAAGGCAACAAUUAGUUCUCCUGCAACCAUGUACUUCAGAAAAGGGAUGUGGAUGUUGGGAGUGACAAGUUUGAUAUAUUUCCUUAAGAUGUGGGCGUUGGAGAGAUGUCCUUAAUGGAGCUGGCCAGAAAUGAAAACCAGACGAGCCUAUCCAUAUGAUAUCAUGAAGACAAACACCAAUUGAAACGUUUUUCAACCUGUGACUACGUUAUAUAACAACUCCUGUGCCCCUUGAUUCUGAGCAACCUUUCAUUGUCAUUAUUCAUGAAAAUAUUGAUUUUGCACAUAAAUACUUGUACAGUUGUCCUUUGAAGAACAUUUGUAAUGAUUGUUUAGCCCAUCGUUCCCCCAUCUGAUGACAAUUUGUUUAUAAGGAAUCAUGGGAAAGUUUAACGGAAGUAGCUGUAAGCUGCUGUAUGAUC